AUGCCAGGCCUCCCGGCCACCGUCGACCUCGAUGAGUGCAUUGCUCGCCUCUACAAAAAAGAACUUCUCGCCGACUCGGUCAUCGAGGCAAUAUGCGCCAAGGCAAAAGAGCUCCUGAUGAAGGAGAGCAAUGUCGUGCACAUUGACGCCCCCGUCACCGUCGUCGGCGACAUCCACGGCCAGUUCUUUGACAUGAUAGAAAUAUUCAGAAUUGGCGGUUUUUGCCCGGACACGAACUACCUCUUCCUUGGCGACUACGUCGACCGCGGCCUCUUCAGCGUUGAGACCAUCUCGCUCCUCGUAUGCCUCAAGCUGCGCUACCCGCACCGCGUGCACCUGAUCCGCGGCAACCACGAGUCGCGCGGCGUGACGCAGUCGUACGGCUUCUACACCGAGUGCUCGCGCAAGUACGGCAACGCCAACGUGUGGCACUACUUCACCGACAUGUUCGACUUCCUGACGCUGUCGGUCGUCAUCAACAACCAGAUCUUCUGCGUGCACGGCGGCCUGUCGCCCAGCAUCCACUCCAUCGACCAGAUCAAGAUCAUCGACCGCUUCCGCGAGAUCCCCCACGAGGGCCCCAUGGCCGACCUCGUCUGGAGCGACCCGGACAGCGAGCGCGACGAGUUCAGCCUCAGCCCCCGCGGCGCCGGCUACACCUUCGGCGCCCAGGUCGUCAAGAAGUUCCUCGAGGUCAACAAUAUGUCGCAUAUCCUGCGCGCCCACCAGCUGUGCCAGGAGGGCUACCAGGUCUUGUACGACGACCGCCUCAGCACCGUCUGGAGCGCCCCCAACUACUGCUACCGCUGCGGCAACAUGGCCAGCGUGCUCGAGGUCAGCGACACAGGCGAGCGCUUCUUCAACGUCUUCGACGCUGCCCCCGAGAACGAUGUGCACAGGGCCGAGCAGCAGCAACAGCAGCAAGGGAAGGAGGUGCAGACCGAGUAUUUUUUGUAG